AUGGCGAGCGAUAAACGUAACCGCAAACUGCUUCGGGAAAUUGAGAAAAUCGAGCGGUUUGAACGAUCCAAUUUACGGAUGAUCGAGACUAUUCGUCACCGGUUCAGGUCCAGGCUGAAAAAGUAUGAAGUACCGCAGUUUUCCUCCGGCUCCGAUCUCUGGCUCUUGGCUCUGAUCCCUAUUUCGGCUCUGUCACUGCAGGCCAACGACGUUCGCAUGUACGACACGCACAAUCCGGGCUUCUGUUAUCACUGCACCGGGGCUAUAAGGGCCGGUGACAAGCGGCCGCGGAGGAUAUCGAGCGACGUCUACGACGCCGUUUACUCCAUGCUCUUCACCGACGGCGAGGUCGACCCGGACAAAGUUCUCUGUCUCCACGUCCUCACUGCCCACUGUGCAGAUUCUGGAUCCGGUGAAUUAAUGAACGUCAGACGGGCGGCUUCGUUUACGGACGAAGGUAAGCAGCAGAGUUUCGGGGGUGCCUGGAACAACAUUCUGCCGUGCUACGUUGUCGAACUUGAACGAAACGUCGAUGACGUGACGGAUUUUUCGGACGAGGUCAAACGACACAAGGACCCGGUAUUACUGGAUGCCGAGAAUGAGAUCGUCAAGGAAUUUCAAGGAAAAUACGAAAAGUACCUGACGGAGAAUCCGGAAGUCGGCUUGGCCCUCUCGACGAAUCGCAAACUCACCACGAUGCUUCCGAACGACAUCGGCAAACUCACUAUCAUCCCGCCGCAUGUUUACUCUUUGCUCGGUGCCGCCCAGGAACUAAAAAUCAAGCAGGCCAUCGCCGAGGAAUCCCGCCGCAAAAGAUUCAGACGCGAUAGUUCGAACGUGGUUAAAAACGUGGACGAUCAGAGCAUCUCGUUUCGCCUCGACGACGACGAAGACGAGAUACCCCGCCGCGUGAUGACCGCGACCUCGAUCAGAGGUUGGACUACCCAGAGAUUUGCUGGCACCUCGAGAAUCUCCGCCUUCCAAAGCCUGUCCAGGAAAUCCGCGACUUCUUCCCGUAGGACGGAUCCCAGCAUCACAACACUGAAGCGAGCCAGUCCGCAUUCCAGCGGGGUUCCUCUACUCUCUACGAACCUGCAGGAAACCGGCCCGCAAAUCGUCACCAUAAAGCCCAGCACUCAUGCGCUAUCCACCAGAGUUUCGAAAACAUCGAGCACCAAAUCCCCUUUCCAAAAUUUCCCGAGCACUCUCGGUCCGCUAUCUCCGUGCUCAAACUCCAUUUUCUCCGGGGUGUCCGGGCCGCUGGAACAGCCAAGAAAGAUCCGUAGACCGAUUUUCAUCAACUACCCGACGACGAGCAUCGAGCUCAGGAACAAGGAGUAUGAGACCGUUCCAAUCCUGGUGAACAAUCAAAUGCAGGCUCUGGUUCAUUCCGUCAUGGACGUACUCGAACGGGUCAAUCCAGCGAAGAUGCGGAAAAUCGUAGCUACAGCAAGCAGUCGGCUUGAGAUUCGGAAGAUGCUGAUACGCCCCGACAUUCAAGCGUUCAUCGAAUCCCUCGCUGGACAACCGUUGGUCUCCUCGCCAAGUAGUUUCGUCACCUCGAUGGCCUCCAGCCUCUACGAGAUAGACCCCCGCAUCGAGAGCAGCAUCGAAAAGGAGCUGGUUGCUAAGACUUUGCCUGUGCCAGCCGCUCCCGCGUUGCAUAGACUCGUGAAAGAAAUACGAAAUAAUCUCUUCGUGGACCCGAAUGCAGCAAGUGGAAAGGGACCGAAGGUCAAAGUCGAGUCGUUUGGGAGCCAGAGGCAGAAACUGUUGGAGUCUAGACCUUGCAAGGGGUCGUGCGAAGAGAAGGACGUAUUUGAUGUUGACAAUUCCUGCCCGCAUUCAGAGUGA